AUGAUAAGCAUAAGAACCGCUACCCUAGCUGCACUAUUUUCUCUAACCCUGGCUCAAAACAGCACAGUUAACACAGUCUAUAAUCUCUAACUGAAAACAGGUUCAGAGCCACUUUUGCAAUUAGACUACUCUAUUGACAAUUCUACUACCCCAAUAAGACUUAACCAAACUUUGAGAAUCACUGGCUUUAAUACAUCAGCUUGGAACACUGGUACUGGUAACGGAAUGUACGUUGGUAUUGGAUACGGAUGUGAUGAGAUGGAGAACUGUGAUAUGAUUAUUUGCUCAUACAUGGUCACUGGAAAUUUUGGUGCUGCUACUGAUAAAUUCUCAUGUUCAGACUACAAGACUGAUCCUAACAAAACACCGGUUUAAGAUUAGGGACAAGAUAUUUACAAUGUAUCUACUCUCUCAACUGCUGCGACCAAGACUGCAACUGUUGCAUUCACUAAGAAUAAUUUUGCUGUUAGAUUUGUCAGACCAUUCACCACCAGCAAUUCAAACGAAGACUACCAACUUGGAAAAUAGAAUACUCCAAUCAUUUUUGCUAUGGGAUACUACGCUAGUAACACACCAAUCUAGCACACAGCAGGCAUGUACGGUCUUAGCAAACUUGAUCUUACCAUGGCUCCAAUUGCAGGAAGCGCUUUCCAAGGAAUGAAAUUAGCUCUUGGAUUGAUCGCUACUGUUGUUCUUUCUCUCAAUUUCUUCUGA